AGCGGCAUGUUGAACUUUGUGGAGGCCUAGGCCUAGCCCCCUUGGAAUAUUUCUAAUUAAAAUAUCGUUUUUUGAGAUGAGCCAAGAAAUCAACGAAUUAUUAGUGUCUUUGCAUAGCUUCCUACAAAAUGUUGGGUCUACCCACACCGGUGAAAAAGCUUGCUCGUUGGCGGCAGAUCUGUCUUCUGUUUGCUUGUCCCAGGCCUCUGAAAGUAAAAUAGCCUAUUACUCAUCUGUUCUCUUUAAUGAAGAAAAAGGAAUAUUGUGUUUCCUGAACAAAGCUAUCCGUCAUGAUGAGUUCUUAGAAUGUAAGGUGGAAUUACUGGAAUUCUUGCUGAAGUUCUUAGAAAAGAUCAGCAGUAGGAUUGAACCAUAUGCCAUAGCCAUCAAGGAUGUGUGCUUUGCCAUCACAUGCAGGGAUGCCAAAUCCAAGCCUAAAGUAAAGGCAUUUGAACUGCUAAUCAAUUUACUGGAAAUUGUUGGUAAAACCACUGUUCGGCCAGAACUCAAGGCUGAUGCAAUGAUUAAGAGAUUUUUUUCUGAUCUGAUGCAACCCAUUAGUAAACUACCCCAAUCAGUGAGACACAAACUCUAUGAGAUUUUGGGAGUUUUUGCUGCAUUUUAUCCGGAAUUAAUGGUUAACUAUUCAGAGAAACUUUUGAAGAUUUAUCUGAGAGCUUUAAAGGAGCAGAUGACAUCAACAACCAAAAAACCUGAGUUGACUGCCAUUAGUGGAUGCCUGACCGGACUGACUCAUUUUCUGACAAGUUUUACUCAAUCUUGUGAGGAAGAGUCUGAACACUCGGAUGAGAUUUACAGAUAUGCCAAGAUGAGCAUCGAUCCGACGGUUGAUCUCCAGCGUUACCACAUUCCAAAGGCCGGACUUCUUCUCUUUACCAAACAUGCACCACAGUUUAAUGAGUAUCUCUACAGAGACCAUGUAGAAAUCUAUGACAAAAUUUUCAAGUGGACAAAGCAUGGAAAUCGUGACAUGAGAAAAGCUGGAUACAAGAGUCUGGAUUCAUUUUUAAAAGUCUUAGCAGACAUGCUGGUUGAGAAGGCUAACAGUGGUGAUGGAAAAGGAAGGGCUGUUUUUAAGUGGUUCAUUCAGAAGUUUAAAAGCAUCAUUGACGACCCUACUAGCGACAGUAUGGACUUGGCCACAGGCGUAAGGGGCUAUGGAUUCUUCGCUGCUCCCUGCAAGCUGCUUUUAUCCAAAGAGGAUGUACAGUUUAUGUUCAGUGAAAUGAUCCAAAGAAGUGAACAGCUUUAUUUACAACAAGAGCAGGUGUCGGAUGAGAAUGUCAGCCACUUGCCAAACUUCUUAGAGGCUCUUGCAAGCAUAAUUCAACAACUGGAUCAGCUUUCUGAUUCCUUCAUUUUGCCAUUGGAGCAUCUGUUUGCAGUGAUGAUCAACAGCUUCCCUCAAGUCCCAUUCUACCAGCAGUUCCUGUGCUCAAAAGCUUUACUCAAUGUUCUCAUCACAUUGGCACCAAAAGGAUCAACACUCAAGGACUUCCUCUCAGUUAUUGUGUAUCAAGGACUUAUAAAGACGAUUUCUCACAGAGUUCAUUUAGGUGUGAACCUGGAUCAAGAGAAUAGGCAAAGCACAGCUGAAGAUGCUGAAGAUAUCCAGAGUGAUGCACGCACCAUCACGUUCAGGAACUACAUCCAGCUGUGGCUGCAACUUCUUGACAGUCCUCUCAUGAAGGAAGUUGACGCACUAGGUACAAAUUAUCAGGAUCGAUGCCAGAUCCAUGUAAUGGUAUAUGAGGAGUUGUUACUGGCUGUACUUAAGGUUCUGCAUAAAUUGGACUUGACCUCAACAAAGAAACAAACAUCGGAAGAUGAAUUGUUAGAUGUAAUGGCACAAAUGCUGGACAUAUCAUCAGAUCCAAUACACGGACUGCAACCCACAAAUGCCAAAGACUUCCAAAUAUUUAUCAAUUUGGUGGAAUUUUUUAGAGAGCUUCUACCUCAGACCAAACCAGAAUAUUUUGAGCCAUGGGUGUUGAAGUUCAGCCAGGAGGUCAUAGUGAUGUCAACUCAAAACCCACUCAUCAGCGGCUUCUACAAACUUCUAUCAGUUAGCAUGACCGGGGCUAAAAAGAUCUCUUAUUUCGAGGAUUGUUCUGAAGGGGAUGAAGACAGCAUGGAUGUUGCUUACACACACAUGGAAUGUGUUUCGCAAAACGAGAGGCAGGUCAGCUUCACGUUGUUCACAAAGUUCACGUUGGAAGUAUUAGUACGACUGAAGCUGUUUAAAGAUGAUCUGCUGGUUGCCUGCCUGCAAUACAUUCUUUCGCUGCCCCACGAAAUCGUUGAAGAUAUUCUUGAAAAAUUAAUUCCUGCUAUGAAGAUUACAUUUCAACUUGGCCUGAGCUAUUUGAGGAUAGCUGAAGCAGGCUUGUCAGCCCUUACUACCUGGACCAGCAACAUACCUCAAGAUAAACUCAAACCAAUGUAUAAUGAGGUAUUACCUCUCUUUGAUGAUUACUUAAGAGCAACUAGUCUAAAAGAAAAUGAAACCGGGGUUACAGUGCAAGUAUCCAGGACAGCAGGCCGUCGGGCUCCAACAAAAGCCAGUUUUACAAAGCCAAAGGAAAUCUCUGGCCUGGCUGAUGAAUCACCUUUAAAGAAAGUUCAGCUGAGUAUCUUGAAGUUCCUAGGCUCACUUGGAGGGCAGAUGAAUGCCUGUAUGCUGAAUUCUAACAGUGAAGAAAUUGCUAAGGUAGCAGUCGCUUGGGACAGGGAGCCUAGGCUGCCAUAUCCGGUGCCUUUUUUUGACAUAAAACCAACUAUUAACCUAGAUCUCUUCUUACCUAGGAUUGUGGAAUUAGCAGUAAGCUCAGGCAACAGACAAACUAAGGUCGCUGCUUGUGAAUCAUUACAUACCAUUGUCCUGUACAUGUUAGGCCUUGGCAAUCAGCAAACAGACCAACGCCAAGCAAAGAGCCCAAUGCAGAAUCUUUACAAACGAGUAUUCCCAGCUCUACUACGAUUGGCUUGUGAUGUGGAAGAGGUUGCUAAGCAACUAUUUGAACCAUUCGUAAUGCAGCUAAUCCAUUGGUUCACAAACAACAGGAAGUUCGAGAGUGAGGAGACAAUGUCGCUGCUUGGCGCCAUCUUGGACGGUAUUAUUCAUCCUACCAACACAGCCUUACGUGACUUCAGUGCUAAAUGCGUGAAGGAAUUCUUGAAGUGGUCGAUCAAGCAGACAACAAAGUCCCAGCAGGAGAAAUCGCCAAUCAAUACGAAGUCUCUUCUGAAACGUCUCUACAGCAUGGCACUUCAUCCCAACACCUUCAAAAGACUUGGUGCUGCACUGGCCUUCAACAAUAUUUACACAGUGUUUCGGGAGGAAGACUCACUGGUUGAUAUGUUUACAUUUGAGAUGUUAGUGGUGUAUGUAAGAAGUCUAGCUUUGGCUCAUCAUGAUGACAAGUCACUUGGAACACAGGAGCAGGGCAGUGAAGUUUUGAAACAUCUUGGACGAAUAGUGAAGGAGAAGGCUGCUUUGUUUAACAAGACCAGCAAACUUCGGAGGUUACCCAGAGGUUUUCCACAAGACAUGUCACCUACCUUAAGUCACAUGAUCUUGUUCCUGCUAACUGAGUGCGGACGGCCACAAACAGAAUGCCGUCAUCAGUGUAUGAAUUUAGUAAGUCAGCUGACACCACUACAGCCAGGUGGCUGUAGGACUUCUGAUUGGAUGAAAAAUACACUGAAAGAAAAAGGACCAGACUAUUUCUGUUCCAGAUUUGAAGGUGGUGGAGGAACAGGGUCAGCUGCUGUGGGUAUCAGAAAAUACCUAACACUCCCCUCCAUGUCGAGUGCGUUUUCGUUAAAGAUCAGCACACGGUGGUUUGAUAAUAUUCUUGCUGCUUUGGACUGCUACUGCUGGUCAUUUGGAGAACGCCUAGUUACUCCUAGUGACGUAUUUACAAGUAGGAGCAAUACAGCUUUAUUUGAAUCCAUGGAAUUCUUCCUGCAAAAGCUAGCCAUGUCAGACAUCAACGCAGCUACUCGUCUAUUCCGUACCAAAGCCUCAGACACAUUUACUCCCAGAGAACACGAAGAAUACAACUAUGCUAAGUGUACCGUGACCGUGAGGGUGUUUGAUUUCCUAAUGAUUCUGCUGAAAACAUGCCCUAACGAUAUUCAAAAGGUGUUGCCUGCUCGAAUUCUGGAUGAGCAUCUGAUUGGCUUAAUUGUGUCAUGUGUCUUAGAACCUUGCAGUGUUGGAUUCAACAUGGCCGACAUAAUGGUCAUUAGUAAUCUUCCAAAAACAACCAGCACUCUUUUGAAUGAGUUGAUGAACAGGGUUCCUCCUUUAAGAGGAAAGAUAAAAAAAUUUAUCAUAGAGAAGCUGGAUGGAAAUAGAAAUCUCAACAUAUUUCAUCAACUUGAUUCUUUAUUUACGGACACAAACAUGGAUUUUACCAAGGUGCUGCAUCUAAUAUCUGGUUUCAAACAGCUCCAUCAAGCUGGACUACUGGUACCUGCUAUUAGUAAGGAAGGAGUUCCUUCACAAAUGGAUCUUGCUAACCAAUUACUCAACUGUGUUUUCAACUCACUUUUCAUUACUCAAGAAGGAUGUCUAGUAACCAGGAAACCAAGUCCAAUGUCAUUAGAUCUUGGACAACAAUUGUUGAAGCUGGCAUUUUCUAUUGGAAUCCAGACAAAGCUUUUGCUCAGUUAUCUGAGGAACAAAGACCGAGUGGUGAGCAGCUUAAACACUUCAAAGAACUCAUCUGUUCGCAAAGGCGCUGUGUUCUUCACCACCUUCAAAUCCACUAUCAUCCACCAGUUUUUGAAGCAAGUAAAUGAAGCAACGAUGAUGCUAAUGCAGGACCUUGAAGAUGAUCCACAACAAACUUGCAACAUUAUGGGUAAUAUAUUGCAGACUAUCAUCAACGACAAGCAACUCAGAAAAAAAUACGGUACUGGUGUUGUGAAUGCAGUUUUGUCCAAUUGGAACAAACUUCGGCCGUGGUGGAUUGAGGGCAGCAGUCAAGACAUGAAGGCUUCUUGUCUGCUCUUGUUGAAGAGUUUGCUACAGAUAGAUUCAAAGUUUGCCUCUGACUGUCAACAUCCAUCAUUCAAAAUCAUCUUCAAAAUGUACACAGGAUUUCUUCUUGACCGGAAGUCACCUUUGACCUUCAAAGCACAAGUGUUGGAAGUCCUGUAUUUUUUUACGCAAGUGACAGAACCACAACUCACAGAGUUGAAAGAAUGUCUUGAUGAAUUUGUUACUUACAACUUCCCACUAACUUCAACAGAAUUUAAAGUAGGUACUUCUCAGUACAAUGAUUAUAUCACAGCUUUUAAUAAGCUUUUGACGGCUCUUGUGUUUUCCGGGUCAAUGAUUUUGCUGGAAGUUAUAAUAAGCGUUGUCUGUCGUGAGGCAAAGCACGUCCAUGAAAAUAGUAUCCAGGACACGUUUGCUGCAUUUAUCAAACGACUACAGCCAGAUGAGCAGCAAAAAGCAUGCAAUGUGUCAUUUGAAAUAUUCCUAAAGGAAUCAAGUUUUCCAAAGGAAAUGCGCCGGGCAACCAUUGAGCGUGUCUGCAUCCCCAUGCUGAGGCUAUCUAGUGCCGUUGCUGUGAAAGCGUUUUUUAAGUCCCACAUCAAGAAGAUGAUGUCGAUCAUUGAAGCAAAACAGACAAAGUACCCAGAGGCGACCUUUGAGGUCCAACUCGUCUCCAAGAUCUGCUCUUUCCAACUAGUUGAGAUCAUGUACUCACGUCUAACCAAGGAAGAAUUACGGUCACCAGGCUCGGAGAUCAAUAGAGCCUUCUGCGAAUUAGCAGACAACAAGGGUGAUGAGCUUACCAAAGCCAUCUCCAAAGUUGGCCGUACAGUGAUGGUUGAAGAUGUUCGUGGUGAAACAGUUGCCAUGGAGCUGAGACGGCAGCUUCAUUGUAUGGCCUACAAUACCAUGAUGGCUGUGAUUUGCUGUACUCAGACUGAAUUGAAAUUUUACAAUGUUUUCUUGUUCAGUGACAACACUGCUAAGGGUCAGUUUUUGUUGGAGAAUAUCAUUGAUGCACGAAGACAAUACACAUUUGAAAUUGAAUUCGAUGCUCAGCCGGAAAGGAAGAAGCGAUACAUCGCAAUACGAAAUCAAGCAAGACAGGCUGCGAACAAUGGACAAGAAGGGGCUGAAGAGUCCAUUCACUACCUGUCAUCCCAGUACUUAGCUGACAGUAGUCUUAGUGAAGACAUCCACAGGUUUGAUUUCACCGGUUCAAGGCAGUUUACACCAAGCGUCGAUAGUAUGUCCCAAGCAGACGAUGCAAAAAAUUCAUCCAAUCAGGAAGCUGUAUCAGAGAAUCAGCCUUCAGCCAUGGUGUAUGGUGAUUCGGUGGUAAUGGAAGAUGAUGCUCUUAACCAGCACGAGUGUAUGGCAUCGCUCGUUGGCCUGUUGAACCACAUGAAAGCAAACAUCACACCUCAACAAGCCACACAGGGAAGUCAAAGCAGCAGUAUGCCAGCGUGGAUGGCAUGGUUGCACCAGAAGGCAAUGAAAUCAAGUGAUCUUGGAACCAAGUUGUUUAUAGCAAGACUCAUUGUCAAUAUACCAGAGAUCUUUCAGCCGUAUGCCCAACAUUGGUUUGCCCCCUUGAUCAGUAUAAUAGUUGGGGGAAGCAGUGCUGGGGAAGGCAUUCACAGCAUGGUUGUCGAUAUCAUGGUCGUUAUGCUUCAGUGGACACCAGUUGCCAUUCCACAGGAGAGAGUAAUUGCUAAUCGCUUGGUGGAGUUCUUGAUGAAUCACAGUUACCAUCCAACAAAGCAGGUUCUAAGACGCAAUCUUGACCUCAUUAAGACCACGAUAGAAUGCUGGAAGUCUGUUCUCAACAUAUCCACAAGUGUGAUAAUGGAGAAAUUUUCUGUAGGGAACCGUGACGAUAGCAGAAGGUCUGUUGGAAUCCAACUUCUUGGAUUGGUGUUGGCUAACAAUCUCCCACCAAUAAGCCCGUCAUCAGAUGUAGAUGAAGAUGCGUUUUACAGAAAGUUGGCCAGCAAUCUGUGUUGCAAGUACAAAGAAGUGUACGCGCCGACGGCCGAAGUAAUUGGAAUGAUAAUGAAACGAAUGAAGGACCAAGACAAAUUAACAGAUGGGAUGAUCCACCAGUAUACGCAGUCUGAGUUGAUGGGCCUACAUGCUUCAAAGAAGAGUGUUUUCAUCAUUUGUCUCGACAAGAUUUGUCUUCAUUACCCACUGUUCGCUGAUAAGUUCAUCAAUAAAGUGAUAUUUGAUGUUCCGUCUUUACAUGGGCAACCAAAGACCCAAUGUGUUGACAUCCUUGUGACCAGGAUUGACACAAUUGAAAAUGUGUUUAUCGUGAUGAAAAAUAUAGGAAUAGAUGAUCUUCUGACGCACAGAGAUGAGGCUCAGCAGGUGGCUGCCUUGAAGCUUGUAAACGGCGCUUUGAAAGUUCUAAAGGCUAAAGAACUGCACUGUCUGCUUCCCUCUAUCGUCAGUUUUGUGAGCAACCCAAGCGCAGCCUGUAGAGAAGUCAUGUUUGAUAUUCUCAUGUGGAUAUUUGAUAACUACAGAGACGAAGCUAUGUUAUUAACAGAUGAAGGGGCAAAGGAGGUAUUGGAGAUGGCUAGAAUUGCUCUCCUGCAGGGACUGACAGAUGAAGAGCCAGCCCUCAGGCUAGUUAUUCGCAAUUUCUGGAGUCAUGAGACCCGACUGCCAGCAGACACUGUGGACCGUAUGGUGGCAAUACUACAAUGCAUGUACUGUCCCAUCACUGAAGCUCAGUUCCUUAGCUAUGCAACAAACUUACUUCUUGAGAUGACCUCACGCAGUCCCGACUACAAGAGGGAAAUAUUUGAAACGCCGCUCUCUGAGUGCAGGUUUGAGGAUGUUGUGAUUAGUCAUUCAUGGAAGCAGCGUCACGUAGCUUUAUCGACUCCGUUGUUUGUAGAAACUCAAAUGAGCCAAUCCAGUACAGGAUCACAAUCACCUCCGUCUUUGCAAGAACAAGCUGGUGGAAAUCUACGUGCCACCCAAGAUGCUCAGCAAUUUGUCGCCACACAGGAUGUUGGAGCAACUGCGGGUAGGAAGAAUGCAUACAACUGGUUGACAGGAAGUCAGGACACUUUUGCUGAUUUCUCAGCCAGCUCAAGCUUGUCAUCUUCUUCAAUGCUGUUCACACUUAGCGAACCAAGCAAAACUCGCAGGUACGGGAGGAAAACAUAUGCACCAGUUGGGCCUGGGUUUGGGCAAGCUAGGCCUAGAGGCACAGAUGCUCCCGAUGCAGGAGGUGAUGUGUCUUCUGAGAAGGACAAAGAAAUCCUUCGACUUAAGCGUCGUUUUCUGAAAGACAAAUCAAGUCAGGGAGUAUACUUUGCACGGCAACAAAUUAAGAGGAAACAGAGGAGUCAACAUAUGAUGAAGCAACAACAUGAAAGGCGUUUGAAUACUGUGACAAUGUACAGACAAUAUCGUAAAGGAGAUUUACCAGAUAUCCAGAUCAAGAACUCCUAUGUAAUUGCGCCACUGCAGGCCUUGGCACAGCACGAUGCUACCUUAGCACAGAUGCUGUUUACCUCCCUCUUUUGUGGCAUUUUUACGCAAAUUGAAGAAGUAAAACAAGAAGGUCAAGCGGCAACAGUGGUCCACGACAUCAACCAGCAUCUCAACAGUAUGAUCAGUUGUUCCACAAAGUACUUCCCUCCAUUUAUUCAUACUAUACAGGAGAUAGCAUUUCAUCAUUCCAAACAGUUGAACCUUGACCCUGCAGCAGUCAGCACUGCUAGCCUUAUGAGCCAGGAAAUUAAUAUGGGUAUUGUGUUGUUAGAAGAAUACCUGAUGAAAAAAUGCUGGAGUGACGAGAACCGACGAAAGAAGCCAAGGCUAGAUAGACAGCAGCUGUCACCUGAAAUCAACACGUGGAUCCAGCUGUCCAGACUUUACAAGGCAAUCGGUGAGUUUGAUGCUCUUCAAGGUAUCUUUACAAGCAGGAUAGGCACAAAUGAACUUACUAAGCAGGCUGUGGAGGCAGAGGCUAGAGGUGAUUAUGCAACUGCAUACAAGCGAUAUAAUGAGGCACUGAAUUGUGAUAGUUGGGAUGGCGCAGAUCCUCAGCAAGUUGAACAAGAUUUUUGGGAUGAAGCUCGUCUACAUUGUUGUAGUCAAUUGACCCAGUGGGCUGACCUAGAGAAAUAUGCAGUGGAAAAUGUUGAUGACAACAACCCACCUGACCUCAGCAAGAUGUGGAAUGACCCAUUUUAUCAGGAUUGUUACCUGCCAUACAUGGUUAAAAGCAAGUUAAAAUUGUUGAUUGCUGGAGGAGAUGAUGAAUCGCUUCUAAAGUUCAUUGACCUCUCCAUGAGAGACCAGGACAACAGAAAUUACAGAAAUUACUUGGAGUCCAUGUUCAGUGAGGAACUAAGUCUUCUGUACAUCUUACAAGACGACUACAACAGAGCAAAGUAUUAUAUAGACGAGCACAUUCAGGCAUUUUUACAGGAUUGGUCUGGUCUUGGUCAGCUAAUGACGACUAGCAGAAUGUCUAAGCUGCGCACCGUACAACGAUUUACAGAAAUCAAAGAGUUUUUAGAAUUUGUGACAACCAGUAAGCAGGAUGAUUCACACACUUUCAGUUUACUUGAGAAGUGGGCAAGUAGAUACCCAGAUCCUAGGCAGGAUCCGAUUAAUAUUUGGGAUGAUGUUACUACCAAUAGGUCAUUUUUUAUGGAGAAGUUGGCAACAAGAGGCAGAGUAGAUGACUUCGGUGACAGUGAUAUGUUGUCACAAGACAGAAGUUUAUAUGAAAGAAUUGAGACUGGAAACCUGAUGAUGCAACUGAAGAUGGCAGACAGUGCUUGUCAGCUGGCAAACUUUCCUGUAGCCAAAAAGAACCUAAAGAAAAGCUACCGUAUUCUGGACAAUCACGAUUCUCUGCGGCCUAUGUGGACAUUUGCAUAUGUGAAUAUGUAUCAAACUGAAGCUCCCUCAAUGGAGCCCACUAACAGAGUAACCACAGUCUUGUCAACAUUCAACCCCUUAGAAAAACUGAGCAGUUUGCCUGUACUGCAGCAUGAGAAGUCUGUGGGGAUUAAAUACAAUAUGAUGAUGAGCAGGUCAUGCGAGAUCAUCGCUCACACUCUGCUACAGUCAGGUGGUGCAGUUAUGCAAGAAAUAAAUGCUAAUAAGCUACAGAGGUUAAAAGAGCUGAUCAAUGUACAAUCGGAUGAUCCAAGAAAGGUUGCUGAUGGCAUGUUCAACAUGGCCUACUCUCACCUUGAAAAGGCUGUGAAUUGUACCUCCCAGGAUGCAACAUCUGAUGCCCAGUCUGUAGCUAGUGAAGCUCACAUGGCCAUGGCUUUGUACUGUGACAAAGUUCUCAGAUGCCAGGAAGAAGGUGGUGCAGUUAUGCAAGAAAUAAAUGCUAAUAAACUACAGAGGUUAAAAGAGCUGAUCAACGUACAAUCGGAUGAUCCAAGAAAGGUUGCUGAUGGCAUGCUCAACAUGGCCUACUCUCACCUUAAAAAGGCUGUGAAUUGUACGUCCCAGGAUGCAACAUCUGAUGCCCAGUCUGUAGCUAGUGAAGCUCACAUGGCCAUGGCUUUGUACUGUGACAAAGUUCUCAGAUGCCAGGAAGAAGAUGAGAAGCUGACCCUGCAGAAUAUCGAAGUAUUUCCAGUGGCUAUAGUAACAAACAUCCUUCAGGCAAUGAGACACGGGUCAACAGAGGCAAUGCAGAGGUUCCCCAGGCUGCUCCAGCUGGUGGAAGAUAAUCCAGACGCUGCAAAGGAGUUUAUAGAGAAGUCUGGGAGUGUACCCUGUUGGAUGUUCAUUAGCUGGAUCAGUCAGAUGGUGGCGCUGUUGGAUAAGGACUCGGGUCAUUGCGUCCACAGCAUCCUAAUGUCCAUUGCCAAAGAUUACCCCCAGGCUUUGUGUUACCCAUUCAAGAUUAGCAGUGAUAACUUCCAAUUUGACAAGAGCAUAGAUGUCGGAGUGAAGAACGCUGAAGCUGUGGAGAGAAUCCGUAACGAGCUGAUGAAGGUUCCGAUGAUAGAGAGCCUGAUAAAUGCUCUUAACCAGCUCAGCAAUCCUGAUCAUCUUUUUAAGUCUGGGAGUGUACCCUGUUGGAUGUUCAUUAGCUGGAUCAGUCAGAUGGUGGCGCUGUUGGAUAAGGACUCGGGUCAUUGCGUCCACGGCAUCCUAAUGGCCAUUGCCAAAGAUUACCCCCAGGCUUUGUGUUACCCAUUCAAGAUUAGCAGUGAUAACUUCCAAUUUGACAAGAGCAUGGAUGUCGGAGUGAAGAACGCUGAAGCUGUGGAGAGAAUCCGUAACGAGCUGAUGAAGGUUCCGAUGAUAGAGAGCCUGAUAAAUGCUCUUAACCAGCUCAGCAAUCCUGAUCAUCUUUUUAAGGACUGGAUUAAGGAAGUAAAACAGUUGUUCCAGGCUACUGUGCUAGAUAAAGACGCCAUUUUGAAGUCGUACAGCGACAUGUACUCAGCCUUAUUCGACUACAAUGCAAGUCAAGCUAACAAUGGUCUAAGUGGUGUCGUGUUUGGAAACUUCAGGCGCAAAUUUGCUCAGGAUUUUCAAAAGAAAGUGAUUUCUGAAUUUGGAAUUGGUGGUAGUAGGUUGGUGAAAAUGAAACGCCAGAAUGUAAGUCAAAGCUGUCAGAAGAUCCUGCAAGAAAUCACAGAAAAGAAGAGAAUAGUGCCAGCUAACAUCAAAGAAUAUUCCACUUGGUUCCUUGAUUUCCAGACGAUCAACCCAGAUCAAGAGCUUGAAAUACCGGGCCAAUAUGAUGGCAAGACCAAACCACUUCUAUCUCAUCACGUGACAAUAGCUGGUUUCGGGGAACAAGUUCUAGUGUUGUCAUCUCUAAGGAAACCCAAACGAAUUAUAAUUCGUGGCACCGACGAGAGGGAGUAUAUGUUCCUGGUGAAGGGAGGAGAGGAUCUUCGUUUGGAUCAGCGAGUAGAGCAGCUCUUCACGCUCAUGAACGAGAUACUGGACAAGGACGCCACCUGUUGUCAGCGUGGGUUAAAACUUAAAACUUAUCAAGUCAUCCCCAUGACACCUAGCCUGGGAUUAAUUGAGUGGCUGCAAAAGACAAGUGUGCUUCGUGAAUUACUGUAUGGAGCAAUGACGGAGGGACAACUCAAGCACUAUCGAUCAGCGAAUGGUGCUUUACUUAAACAUGCUGCUUGGGUCAACAAAUUUGGAGCAAAGAAGAACGAAAAGGAUUUUGGAUUGCGAUAUGCACAAAUGUACAGCAAAGCAAAUCGAACAGAGACUGAAUUGUGCCUCAAAGACUGUGAAUCCCAGGCUCCUCCAGACUUACUCAGGCGGGCAUUUAUGUCCCUGAGCUCCACACCGGAAGCGUUUCUAACUUUGAAGACGCACUUUACGCGCACGCAUAGUGUCCUCUGCAUCUGCCAGUAUCUGUUAGGCAUCGGUGAUCGGCAUCUUUCCAACUUCCUUGUUGAUAUGGAAACUGGUGGAAUGAUAGGCAUUGAUUUUGGACACGCGUUUGGAUCAGCAACGCAGUUCCUAGCAAUUCCUGAGUUAGUUCCAUUUCGGUUGACACGGCAGAUCAUGAACCUGUUGCUGCCGUUCAAUCAAGAUGGUCUUCUGCAGAAGACAAUGUGUCACACGCUACGAGCAAUACGCAACAACCACGAUCUGCUGCUCAACACGAUGGACGUAUUCAUCAAGGAACCCUCUCUGGAUUGGAAAGAAUUUGCUCAAAAAGCAUCUACGCAAAAAAGGGAUGAUGAUGAGCAAGACGGAGGGGAUAUGUCGUGGUACCCCAGAGAAAAAGUCAGCUAUGCAAAAGCCAAGUUUAAAGGGGCUAAUCCAGCAUACAUAACAAGGAAUGAACUGCAUCUUGGUCACAGCACGAAGGCUGUGUGUAAUUCGUACAAGGCGGUAGCUAAGGGGGACCAAAAGUACAAUCAGCGAGCAAGGGAACCUGACAAAGACCUAAGUGUUGAAACGCAAGUAGCGUGUUUGAUAGACCAAGCCACGGAUCCCAAUACACUGGGGCGGAUAUGGCAGGGAUGGGAGGCUUGGAUGUAGAUACAUAGGCCUGACGGAGUGAGCAACAGGCCUGCGACUGAAGAGGAUAUGAAAGAGAUAAUCAGCCUAGAUGUAGGUAUAUUAGCAUAGCAGACCAAGCAAUAGAUGUUAAGGAUAGGAGGCUUGCAUGUGGGGUUGGGAAGAGGCAAGCAUAUAAUAAAAAAUGGAAGGCAUUAGUCCAA